CCUGGGUUUCUAAACUACUGCACUAACUUCACAACAUCGUGGGGAAACCUGGGGUAUGAGAAGCUAAAAUUAAAAGAAACAGUACUAGACUUCUUAUUGCUAUAUAAAAAGGCUCUUAAUGACACCUCCAUAAAUUUGUACGAGUGAGAACUUCGUUUUGCACAACACCUGGAAUUUAUCCCCUUUUUGCUAUCAUGUUCGAAUCAAAAAUUAGAGGUAAAACCCUCAAAAGAAUAAUGGCAACUUGCUGUGCUACUUCUUUCUGCAUGUAUGGCUACGACGCAGGUGUCCUUGGAGGGGUUCAGACUACUGAGCCAUUUCAUAGAGCAAUGGGAUAUCCAACUGGGACAUAUGUCAUUCCCAUGAUUGCAUCUUCUUACACACUUGCUGCUGCUGUCUGCUCCUUGAUGGUUACUAUGGUUGGUAUGCCCCUUGGUCGCCGCAACUGUAUCCUCCUGGGCAACCUACUCGUCAUUAUCGGAGCUAGCCUUCAAGCGUCAUCGUGGUCAGUUGCUCAGAUCAUUGUUGCACGCAUAAUAUGCGGCUUUGGCAUUGGGUUCAUCUCUUGUUCAGUUCCGACGUAUCAGGCCGAAAUGAGCACUGAGAUUAAAGAGCGCGGGCCACAAGUCGCUGUGACCUGCGUUUUCCUCGUUGCGGGUGCAGCACUUGCAUAUUGGGUUGAUUUUGGUUUUACUAGUAUGACCAAUCAAGCCUCGUGGAGACUACCAAUUGGAUUUCAGAUCAUUUUUGCUAUCAUCGGUAGUGUUGGCAUGUUCAUCCUGCCCGACACUCCUCGAUGGUAUUACGCCAAGGGAUAUAUUAACGACCCAGCUGUCCAAAGCACAAAGCAAGAUAUCAUUUCUAGCAUCAAGUUAGAAGAGGAUAAUAAUAGCGACUUUAAUAUUCUCGACUUGAUCUGGGACCGAAGCUAUCUUCGUGCUGGUCGACGCAUUCGUAUCUCUUUUAUGAUUCUUGCGCUCCAGCAGAUGAUGGGCAUCAAUCUGUCUGUGUACUAUAGUACUGUGAUUUUUGCACAAGUCGGCUUAUCACCUUUUCUUACGAAGCUAUUAGCAGCAAUUAUGAACACCCUGUUUGCUGCUGGGACUAUACCUCUCGUCUACACUAUUGAGAAAGUUGGGAGGAGAAACGUCAUGUUAUAUUCCGCCAUUGUGCUCACCAUCUGCAUGUCUAUCUUUGUGGCCAUGAUUAGUCUGCCUAAUCCCUCAGCUAGUACACAGUGGAUAGCUGUUGCUGCGAUAUUUGUCUACAAUAUCGUCUUUGGAUAUGGCUGGAUUGGUGUUUGCUGGCUUUAUGGUCCUGAAAUUGCACCACUUAAACUACGCCAUGCUGGUGCUGCAGCUGGUGCAUUUGGGGAAUGGCUCUUCUCUUUUAUCACCGUAUUUGCUGGCGGUAUUGCGCUUGAAAAUGUCGGUUGGAAGAUUUGGCUUUGGAUGGCCUUAUCAUGUGCUGCUGCCGUUCCAUUUGUAUGGUUCUUAUGUCCCGAGACAUCUGGCAAAACUUUAGAAGAAAUUGACUUUAUCUUUACUAAAAUCGGCAGUCAGAACAGAGAUCCUACCAGUGGGAACCUCACUAGCCAUGAUCUCACGGAGAAGGUGACCGUCACAGUGGUUGAGAAAGUAUAG